GGCGGUGUUUAUGGUUUUAUACGGUGUGGUUGUGACCUUUCUUUAGAUGGUAGUCCUGAUGAUAUUCUGUGACUAGUUGCUGGAUAUAACUUGUCUAGCUUGUAUCCUGCUACUGUAGGAAAUCUCAAACUGAAAAUAAAUAAUUUUUGUAUGAGUGUAGGCAUGGCCAUGCAAAUUGUUCAAGGUUUCGUGUGCUGUCUAGUUUGCCUUAUUAAAAUUCUUGGUAGUGAUUAGCGAGAUAUAAGUAUCUUUGCUCGCGCUAUUUAGGCUCACUUCCCCUCGUUUUUCAUUAUUCUGAGUUAACAGUCACCUCUAAGUGUCGGUUCCACAACUUAUUGAUAAGCUUCCAAGAAUUUCUUAUAUAACUCAUUUUUCAUCUUUUUGAAGCCGAAAUCAAUGACAGUUUAUAUAGGCUUCAGACACUCAUCGGAAAUGUGGCUGAAAAUAUCGACUACAGAAGAUGUAACUGAGAAUGCUGAAGACGUUUGACUGCUGUUUCACUCUACUGUUUGGUAUAAGUUUCAUCCCAUGCAUGUUUUUUCUUAGUAUCCUAAUGGCGACCUCAAUAUUCAUGUUGCGUGGAUAUUUAUGUUCAGAUUACAUAACAGUUACCCUGGUGCGUACUUAUGGUGGCCACUAAUAAAAUGCUAGGGUCGCCCACAUUAAUUUAUAUUUUGAACCGUUUUUAUUCUUAAUGUAGGAUUUUGCAUGUUGUUAAUGAGUGAUUUUUAAUCGAUAUCCGGCUUUCAAAUGACUGUUUUUAGGCUAUUAUUGAUAUAAGUUACCGAAUCCUCUUUUAGUCUUAAACUGAACAAUCUGGAACAUUUCGUACAGCAAUUCAAGUAGUUGGAAUUGUAUUCUUCAAUUCUUUCGAAUAACACAAACGUUUAAGACGAAAUGAAGUUGGUUGGAAGUGCAUUGUACAUUGUUGGCUGACAUGAUUUGUUAUUUGGUGCAUUAACCACAAUGUAGGAAUUUAACUACCAGUUAUAUAUAUUUUCUCCUGUGUGACAAGUUCUUUUAACUGUGUGUGACUCCAAUUACUUUACGUUUUCAUUAAAACUUUGUACGAAAUCGUUCAGUGUAUUUUGUUACCUCGGAGCCACAGAAUAUUACUGUUUUGGUUGGAAUAUUAUCUAGGGUUUUCAUCACGAACUGACAUCAACUAUAAUGCCAAAACUAUUUUACCAAAAGUUCGAGCCCUGUUAUGUUAUACCUCGUAUAUGUGCUGUGCUUCGACGGAAAAAUAAUUGUCUAUUAUAUUGUCUUUAUAUUAUUUAAUUGAAUGCUAAACUUUUUUUUAUUUAAUUCAGGUGAUAUUCUUAGACUUCAAAGAUGGCUUAUGAGAUCUCUGUUCCUGAUGCGUAUAGGUAUAGAACGAUUUUCGAUCAACUUCAGCCAACCUAUGGGAAAUUAUCUGGGGAAAAAAUUAGAGAGGUAUUUUUAAAGUUUCAGUUACCAGUUGAAACUCUUGGAAAAAUAUGGGACCUUUCAGAUAUUGAUAAUGAUGGUAGUCUAGAUCAGAGCGAGUUCAUUGUUGCUAUGCAUUUGGUCCAUCAAUCACUGGAGGGUAAAAUAUUACCGGACAAACUACCAAAGAAUUUAGUUCCUCCUGACAAAGAACAUUAUUUUUCAAACUCUACGUCUAUCAAUAAUUCCAUGUUGUGUUUACCGCCUAUUACUAGUGAUGCUGAUUUUAAUUUGGCACUAGUCCCUGUGCAGUCUACAUCAGAAUUAAAUCCAAAACAGAGUACUGGAUAUUUAUCAGCGCUUGUAUCCGCUUUUCCAACCGGUGAAACAUUAACUACACAGUCAACUCAUACAACUCCCACUGUUUGGGCUCUGUCUGGUCAUCAACCUUAUCUUCAGUCGUAUAAUUUUCCAGAAUGGGCUAUUUCAGCAGACGAACAUGCAAAAAAUCUGAGAGUUUUUGCUGCCCUAGAUAUGGAUGCUGAUGGGUUAGUUUCAGGCCCUGAAGUGAGAGAUAUUCUGAUGCGAUCCGGUUUACCUCAAGAUAUUCUCGCUCAUAUAUGGGAGCUGGUUGAUAUACAAAAUACUGGUUUGUUAAACAGUGAACAGUUUACAGUGGCCAUGCAUUUGGCAACGGAACAGUUAUCUGCGGGCUUAUCUAAUCGUACCCUUCCUAAUGUACUUCCACCCGCUUUACUUCCACCAAGUUUGCGCCCUAUUCCUCCAGAUCCGUCUAUUUAUGAAGAAUCUAACAAACUAAUUGUAGAAAUAGAAGCAUUAAGCCGUGAAAAAUCUGCAGUAGAAUCUGAUUAUGUCUCUAUGACCAAAGAUUCUCAACGCCGAGCAUCAGAAGCCACUGCAAAACAGCGUACAAUUGAUACCCUUAAUCAUACAAUUCGUAAUCUAGCUAAUCAACGUGUGGAAGCCGAACGUCGACUAGGCGAUUAUAGUCGUGAAAAAGAUACGUUAGAAAAUGUGCUUAAUGAAAUCAAAAGUCAUGUCGUGAAUGAACGUCAAAAAGUUGAAGAAAUGCGUAUUAAAAUCAAUUGUCAACAAGCCUCAACGAAAAGUCAAAAAGAAGAAAUAGCUUGUUUACGUAAUGAGUUGAAUGAAUUAAUACGAGAGGAAGCGAUGUUACAAGACAAAAUAAUUGAAAACCAACGCCGUUUAGAACAAAUUGAAAAGGAAAACCGUUUAGCCCAGUCUCGCGUAGAUCAAGCUAACAUUAAACUUGAAACAUUAGAAUCUACUCGUGGUCAAUUGUUAGAAGUGCUUGAACAAUAUAACGGUCUAUUAAAUGGUGAUGAAAAUAUCAAAGAACCAGAUGAGGCAAGGGUUAAGUCUCUGCUUUCUGACGAGAGUGCAAAAGAUAGUUUCAGAAGUUUCGAUACAGGUCUUGAUGGUAUAAAUUGGCCAAAUAAUAAUAAUGCGCCUUCUUUUACUACUGGUAUAUCAACUUUCUCAGCAUUUGAUAUGGCACGAAGCCAAACUGGUGCUCACUCUGUACCACUUCCAUUAAUGUCAAUGAAUACUGUAUCGGGUGGUGAUUGGAAGACGAAUGAAAGAGGUCUUCUAAAUUCUUCACUUGGAUUUCCAUUUCCUUACGAUCCUUUUGAUAGUAAUGAUCCUUUCAAAUCUUCUAAAGCCAAUGAGUUUCAUAAAGAAUCUGUUGAGGAUCCAUUUGCUUUGUCAAGUACAAAUGAUCCAUUCAAGGAUUCCGAUCCAUUCGGUUUAGAUCCAUUUGGUUUAUCAUAUUUAAUGGCUAAGGAUAAAAAGUCUCCAAAUACUAUUGCCUCAGCAUUUGAUCCUUUUAAACCGGACAGCGUGUGUCCUACUGUACUUCCAGAAAAUUCAUUGAUUGGAGCAGAUUUCGAUGCUGUAUUUGGACCUUCCAACGGUGAGCUAUCGAACAUGACUGAUCCGUUUGGUAGUGAUCCUUUUACACCUUCAAGUACCUCAUUUAUGAUGAAUACAGGUAUGGUUAAUAACAGAGAAAUAAAGAAUCAUAUGAAUUCUGUAAAGAAGUCUCCACCACCUCGACCAAAAACUCAACCAACUCCUGGUAAAUCUAUGCGAGCUUUCAAAGUAGGUGUUGUUUUCUUGUUAUUGACAAUAUUGUGACGUAAACAUACAAGAUUCUCUUUGUGUUGGUUUGUUCUUUUUUAUUAAUUUUUUUACUUUGUUUAUCUCAAGGAGUAAUGCCACGAUGUAUAAGGAGCUUUUUGAUAUUAUUUAAUCAUAAAGUUUGUCUCCUAUUUCUGAUUGUUCAGUCCACUACUUAUUUAUAGCAGUUGUUUUCAGAUGCUUCAUAUGCUCUAGUUAGUAACACCUGUCUAGUUGAUGUUAUUCGGUUGUGGAAUUUGAUUGAAGAACUGUCAGCAUCAGGUUAUACCAACAUUAGUGUUAGAGAUUUAUAUGUCUAGAAAACUCACUGCUUAUGAUUUUUGAUAUCUGUCUCACUUAUGAUAUUCUUCCGAAACAAACUCAAAAUUUCUGAAUGCUCUUAUUACAAAUUAGUUUCUGAGUUGUCUUCUUUAAAUGAAGGCUUCAAAAAGAUAAACAGGUAAAAGAAUACGAGAAUAUCUUCUAUUGCUCAACAGAGUUAAAUCUAUGGUAUAAAGUUUGCUAUUAUUUGAUAGAAUCCGAAAUUCUCCUUUUUAUGCACUGUGGAUGAGAUGUCCACCUGUCAAUCAAAGUUCGGGUUUACUGAAUACCAAUCUUCUGUUUAUUUUUAUGGAUGUGAAACAUGUUUAUUAGGGAUAGAUAUUUAUAGAUUGCUAAUACUUGACAAUAGAUGUCUUCGAAGCAGUGUUCGUGUUUUGGAAACACAAAGUAAGCAAUGCCUAGGUUAGGCAUAGACCACAAGUUCAAGAUGUCGAUUCGGUUGGUGGGGUAACGAAUUCUCAUCAUCUGACGUGGUUGGGACAUGUGUUACAUAUACCCAGCUACUGCCUACCUCGACGGGUGAUGUUGUUUGGUGUAAGGGUGAGCUGGAAGAAUCCGAGGGACGGUCAAACCAAAACACCGCAUCACUCCAUGAAGUCACUGACAAUUGGACUGACUUGUGUGUUAACAGGUGUAAAAUACCUGAUUGAGGCCCACAUGAUUUUCGUAACUAGUGGUUAGAGACGUAGAAUAUUGUGGCUCAUAAUCGUUUACAAUAGUUCAAGUGUAUUCACUCUUCAUCUUCACUUAGUUUCUGAAUCAUGGAAUAUCUUUGUACUACUUUGUUUUACAUCUAAUCUUUUAUGCAAUUACUGCUAAUACUACCACCACUUUUAAUAAUCUGGGACUUGUUUUGAUAGAUUUAUCUUUCUGUGAUAAUGUCGAAACUUGAGUCGACGCAUGUAUUUGUCAGGUUCAAUGUUCCAUUUUACUGACUGACACAGAAGUUUAGUACAUAUAACUUCCUUUAUAUGAUUGUAAAGCGAAAAAAUAAAUAUUUGUGCAGAUCGACAUGAAUCUGUGUUAGUAAUUAACAUCGGUUUGGCGUCAGUCAGCCUGAAUUAAAAUUCAGGGCUGUAAAGAAUUAAAGAGUUAAUACAAUAAGUAAGUUUAAUGUUAUCAGAAUAAGGGGAAACUGUUGUAUUUACUAUGUCUUCCAUAUUCUUUGGGUUCAGUAGACGUUUAGUAUUUUAUACAUCAUUUAAAUCACUACAAAGUAUUACAAUUAAGAAAUCAUAAUAUCUACAUAAUUCGAACAACCUCAAUGAUAGUUCCUAAUUAUUUGAAGAUAAUUUAAGAAAGGUAGAACAUAUGAUAAUACUUUGUAGAUAGAAUGAAAGCUUGUGACAAGAAUUUCAUAACUACACAAUGAGAUGGCAUACAAUAAUUGUUCUUAGAAUAAUUCUAAUAUUUCCAUCCAUUAGUUGUCCCG